AUGGCAAACAAAGGGACCUUAUUUGAUUUAAAAAAAUUUAGAUUCGGAAGUAAAAGUGAACAAAAACACACUUUAUAUAAUGUCAAAGGAAUUUCUGGUAUAUCAGACGGAUUUGUCAAUUAUUCAAAUAAGUAUGCCCAAAUUCAGAAUGUUGAAGCCAUUUAUCGUAAAAAUAUAAACCAGGGAACAAGAGAUUAUAAUACAAAUUUUUAUACUUCUCCUGUCAGAAGUGGAAAUAUUGCAAACUACCCUAUAUCCAAUCUUGAUUACAACAGGACAUUUGUGUCUCACAAAAGGGCAUUGCCUAAUAAUCCUGAUGGAACUUCACCCUAUUUUAGCCAAAAUGUUCCAGAAUUUAUUUUAAAACAUCCAGCAUUUAAUAAAGCAAAAUAUAUAUUAGGUAAAAGAUACACUUUACCACUCAAGAAAUGUAGAAUCAAAGAUCUAGAGGCUGAUAAAAACAAGCUGGAAAAUUUUUGUUUUGUUUGGGAGGCCUUUCCCAAAUAUUCUGCAAAUGAUAUUUACAUAAUAUUUGACUAUUAUAACUGGAACAUGGAAUCAACUAUUCAACACCUCAGUGAUAAAAAUGAAAUUCCUGUAAAGCCACUGGUAGAAGAUGCACUAAGGGAUUUUUUGGAAGAAUCAGAUGAUGAAUUUAUGGAGGACGACGAUUCACAUGAACGCCUAGCCAGAGCCGAAUUUGAUAUGGAUGAAUACAAUUUCAUAAUGGACUACAAUGGAUCUACCCAUCCUAUGGCAUUCAUGCAUUCCCAUCAAACGCCUUUCAACCCUGCUAAUGCUAACCUAAGCCACCCCUAUACUUAUAAUAUCCAAAAUCUGCAUACCAAUGCUCCGGCAUCUAUAUACAACAACGUUAAUCAUCAAAAUAUCUCUCCCGUCAACGUUAACCCCAAUGAUCCCAUUGACAAACAAUUUUAUAAUGAUCAAAAAAGGAAGGCUGGGGAUAACGUGACCCAUGAAUCUAAUAUAGCCCAUGGCGCAAAUAAUCCUAAUACGAAUUCCAACUCGGGUACCGUUGACUUGAUGGAUGAGGACAAUGAGGCCGACGAAACGAACAACUUGGAAAUAUCUUUGGAUUAUGGCGCAGAGGCCUAUUAUAACGUAAAAGAAGGAAAUAGGGCAUACGGCAGUAUGGUUCAAAAAAAGAAUUUAGGCUACGGUAGUCGAGGAGGCUUGGAAAGAGACCUCAUCUUAGAUUUUUUCAACACUAGCACUAAAGAGGAACUGCUGAGCUUGAAGCAUUGUUCUCUCAAAAAAUGCGAAAUCGUUAUGCAAAACAGACCCUUCGUUAGUUGGGAAGAAUUGAACGCUAAAUUCGAAAGAUUUAAAUUUCUCUCGGUGGAAUUGAUUCAAUCGGCCAAGAAAAUGCUUUACGUGCGAAGACAAAUCGUUAAAUUGUUACAACAUUGCGAGCAGCUAUCAUCCGAAUUACAAAGGGCAGUAGAGAAUAUGAUGUCAAGGGGACAUAUGGUUGUUCAACCUUCUAAGUUGAUAUCUGAUCAUUAUUCACUUAAACCAUAUCAGGUAGCCGGGAUAAAUUGGCUCAAUCUACUCUUCAAAAUGGGCAUGAAUGGGAUAUUGGCCGACGAAAUGGGAUUGGGGAAAACCGUUCAAAUUUUAGCCUUCCUUCAGUUCCUCCUAGAAAAUGGCAUCAAAGGGCCCAUACUUAUUAUAGUACCUGCUUCAACGCUAGAUAAUUGGACUUCCGAGAUAAGCAUAUGGUGCCCCGUCUCCAAGAUAACUAUCUAUUACGGCUCCCAGUCGGAGAGGAAAGAUCAAAGAUUUUUCUUGACCGAAGAAAAUGGUCUUCAGCAAUUGGAUAUCAUUCUAACGACUUACGCUAUGGUCUCCAGUACGGCAGAUGACAAAAACUUUUUUAAAAGAAUCUUAUUCACUUACGUUAUCUUUGACGAAGCCCACAUGCUUAAAAAUAUGACUUCCAUUCGAUACAAAUACCUUAUGAAGAUCAAAGCGAAAUAUAGGGUUUUGCUAACCGGUACCCCCAUACAAAAUAAUCUAAUGGAACUCAUGUCCUUGAUGCAAUUCAUUCUCCCGGAUAAAAUAUUCGAGGAAAAAACGGAGGAACUUAAAACCGUUUUUUCCGCUUACGAACUAAACGUAAACGCCGCCAUAAAUUUGGAAGUGGGAAAGACCGCCGCGGAAAAUGGUAAGGACGGUGGGACCGGAUCCGACAACGAAUUAGAGGAAGAUAACAAUGACGGGAAUGUUUCUGGGAGCAUUGGUAAGAGGAAACCCGAUAAAAGGCAGAGGAGUCAGUUCGAGAUGGACAGGGUGGAACAAGCUAAAAGGAUAGUUAGACCUUUCGUACUUAGAAGGACUAAAGCGCAAGUUUUAGACCAACUCCCUCCAAAGAUCCAAGAAAUUACGCUCUGCGAUAUGACCCCCGACCAGGCUCUCGUUUACAAAGGAGUCCUGAAUAAUUACAAGGAACAAUUGGCUAAAAACGCGAGUAAUUCCCUGAACAACAGUAACGUACUGCUCCCACCCAUGAAUAUUCUCAUCCAACUCAGGAAAGCUGCUAACCAUCCAUUAAUGCUAAGGAACGCUUACAGUGACGACCUUCUAAGACAAAUGUCCGUGGAUAUGUUAAACGAGCCUACGCACAAGCACGCGGUUCCUGAUUUGAUAUACGAAGAUAUGAAAGUCUUGAGCGAUUUCGAACUUUAUAAAUUGACCAAAGCCUUUCCGAGUAUUUCCGGUUACAAACUGCCGAAUCACGUGAUAAAGGCUUGCGGAAAAUUCGAAUUUUUGGAUACCAUUUUGCCCCAGAUCGUUAAUAAGAACGAGAAGGGAUUAAUAUUUAGUCAAUUCACGUUGAUGCUGGACAUUUUACAAGAGUAUCUAUCCAUAUUAGACUACAAGUUUAUGAGGAUCGACGGGGCGACUCCUGUCCCAGAUCGUCUGUCCCUCAUCAAGGCCUUCACUAACGAUAAAGACUGCCCUUUCUUCCUCUUAUCAACCAAGGCAGGGGGCCUGGGCAUCAAUCUCACGUGUGCCAAUCACGUUAUCAUAUACGACAUCGACAUAAACCCUUACAACGAUAAACAGGCCGAAGAUAGAUGCCAUAGAGUGGGCCAGGAAAAAACUGUCUCCGUUAAUAGGCUUAUAAGUAAAGAUACUAUCGAAGAACUAAUCUUGAGGUGCAACAAGGAGAAAUUAAAAUUGGAAGAGAGUAUGACGGGCGUAGGAAAGCAACAAAAUAGCCAAUCUUCAGGAAUGAUAUUAGGCGGAAAUGACGUAUUUGAAGGUGUCAAUUCCGAUAAUCUGAACGACGAAAAUAAUGACGACAUUGCUAACUUGCUAAAGAUGGCAGUCGGUUCAUAGAAAUACUCAAGAUAUAUUAUUUUUUUUUAAAUUAUAUAAUUUAGAUUUUUAAAAUUAAUAUAUAUAUAUAGUAAAUAUUUAGUUUGUUAAAUAAUUAUAUGUAUGCCUAUUUUGUGAA